CGCCGAGCGCCCCCUGGCGGGCGGCGGGCGCUCCGCCGGACCCGCCGCGGCGGCAGGGCCAGCGCAGGAAGAUGAACAGAACUGAAUUUUAGGACCUAACUCCUGAUGGGCUGGAUUUUAUCUUGGCAGGAGGUUUUGAAGAUUGAUACAGUGAGAGAAGCAACAGCCAAUGGCUUCAGAAUCCAUGGUCCCUGAACAGGCAAAACAACAUCUGAUAAAGGGGAAAAGGCGGCAGCAGCAGCAAACUCAGCCUUCCAGCAGUGAUGGGGAUGAGGAUGUCUUUGUGUUUGAGGCAAAUGAGGCUUGGAAGGAUUUUCACAGCUCUCUUCUUCACUUCUUUGAAGCUGGAGAGCUCUGUGAUGUUACACUGAAGGUUGGUUCAAAGCUAAUCUCCUGCCACAAACUGGUGCUAGCUUGCGUUAUCCCGUACUUCCGAGCCAUGUUUCUUUCGGAAAUGGCUGAAGCCAAGCAGAAGCUGAUCGAGAUCAGGGACUUUGAUGGCGAUGCCAUCGAGGACCUGGUGAAGUUCGCAUACUCCUCGCGGCUCACGCUGACGGUGGAUAAUGUGCAGCCCCUCCUGUACGCCGCCUGCAUCCUGCAGGUAGAACUGGUGGCAAAGGCCUGCUGUGAAUACAUGAAGCUGCACUUCCACCCCUCCAACUGCCUGGCAGUCAGGGCGUUUGCCGAGAGCCACAACCGCAUCGACCUGAUGGACAUGGCUGAUCAGUUUGCUUGUGAACAUUUCACAGAAGUGAUGGAGUGCGAGGACUUUGUGAGUGUGUCACCACAGCAUCUCCAUAAACUCCUGUCCUCCAGUGACCUGAAUAUUGAAAAUGAAAAGCAGGUUUACAAUGCUGCUAUCAAGUGGCUGCUGGCCAAUCCACAGCAUCACACUAUGUGGCUGGAUGAGAUCCUUGCACAGGUACGGCUGCCUCUCUUGCCCAUUUGUUUCCUUAUGGGUGUUGUGGCAAAGGAAGAGAUUGUCAAGCAGAAUCUAAAAUGUAGGGAUUUGCUGGAUGAAGCAAGGAACUACCACCUUCACCUGAGCAGCAGGGCAGUGCCUGACUUUGAGUACUCCAUUCGCACAACACCAAGGAAGCAGACUGCUGGUGUGCUGUUCUGUGUCGGUGGCAGAGGUGGAUCAGGUGACCCCUUCCGCAGCAUCGAGUGUUACUCCAUCAGUAAGAACAGCUGGUUCUUUGGCCCUGAAAUGAACAGCAGGAGGAGGCACGUGGGUGUGAUCUCUGUGGGAGGUAAAGUCUACGCAGUAGGUGGACAUGAUGGAAAUGAACACUUAGGAAGCAUGGAAGUAUUUGAUCCUCUCACAAACAAGUGGAUGAUGAAGGCAUCAAUGAACACAAAGAGGAGAGGCAUCGCCCUGGCGUCCCUGGGUGGCCCCAUUUACGCCAUCGGGGGUUUGGAUGACAACACGUGCUUCAGCGACGUGGAGCGCUAUGACAUUGACUCGGAUCGCUGGAGCGCCGUGGCUUCCAUGAACACUCCCCGGGGAGGCGUCGGCUCCGUGGCCCUGGUGAACCAUGUUUACGCCGUGGGUGGCAAUGAUGGUGUAGCAUCUCUUUCCAGUGUGGAGAAAUACGAUCCCCACUUGGACAAGUGGAUAGAAGUAAAAGAGAUGGGUCAGCGAAGGGCUGGAAAUGGUGUCAGUGAGCUCCACGGCUGCUUGUAUGUUGUGGGUGGCUUUGAUGACAACUCGCCCCUGAGCUCAGUGGAGCGGUUUGACCCACGCUGUAACAAAUGGGAAUACGUGGCAGAGCUCACAACUCCAAGAGGUGGUGUUGGCAUAGCAACACUGAUGGGAAAAAUUUUCGCAGUUGGAGGCCAUAAUGGCAAUGUGUACCUGAAUACAGUGGAAGCAUUUGAUCCCAUAGUGAACAGGUGGGAACUUGUGGGCUCAGUGUCACACUGCAGGGCAGGGGCGGGUGUGGCCGUGUGCUCCUGUCUCAGCAGCCAGAUCCGGGAUGUGGGCCAAGGAUCCAGCAACGUUGUGGAUUGCAUGUGACCUCUGCUGCCUCCUCCAAAUUCCAAAGGAAUGCUACAAGGGAGGCACUGCAGAGCUUUUAAACACUGUGUUUUGUAUGGUAGGUUAAGGAAUAAAUCCAGUACAUUUUCUUUGUGAAAAUGGUAUUUUCCGCAACUGUAAAGCUUUUGGUGGCUUUCUAUCAAUAGUGAUACAGAAAAGCCUGUGAAAACAUGGAAUAAAAGUGUGACUCACAGGAACAAAACCUGCCAAGAACUGCAAUCAUCCCAUUUUUGAGAAGCUGCAAUUUCAAAAUCAUUUGAGGCAGCUGUUGCAAGGACUCAAUAUUGAACUGUAAAUCAGGCAUGUAGUAAGGAGAGCAGCAGCAGCUACUGCUGCUGCUGAGCUUCCCCCAGCAGCCCUGCUACAUGUUCUCUGGAGGACUGGAGUGACAUUUUAUUUAACUUAUUUUCUGGAAUGGAGUCUUAAACGUUUCCCAAUUGUACAAGAGCUUUGUAACAGAAGGUGUCUCUAGUUUUAGAAGUAACAACAUCAAUGAUGUACACUGAGAUAACUGAGGCAGAGAAGUUCACUGCUUACCUCCCUAGGGAAUGCUGGCAGCAGUGGAAAUUGCAGGGAUUGUGUCUGAAAAUUGUCUUUCAAAGUACUUUCUCAAGCUAAUAAACAUGUUAGAAAGCUGGAAAGAUUCUUGACCUGAAUUUAGCCGCUGGAAUACUGCCAUUCCCUAGUCUUCCAUAAAAUGUGUAGUUACUACCCCCACUUUCCAAAGGAGAGUUUCUGUUGAGAGGUCCUUCCUGAAGUAACCAGUAUAAUUUGUCCUAUUUUGAGAUGAUAGUGUGUGAAAAUGUAGACUUCAGUGGUGUUUGAAUCACCAUUUUUAUAGAAAAUGGAAAUUCAUAAUAAAAUUUGUGGUAUUCUGUAAAACUUUUUAACUGCAACUCUAGAAGACUUGACCAAUUUCUGUAUCCAGAAGCAGCUCUGGUAACAUUCUCAAGUUACUUGCUCUUUUAAGGGAGCAGAUAAAUAACCUCAAAACCUUAAAUGAACCAAAGAGAGUCAGCAAGACAGAUAAUUGGGAAUAAACCAGUACUUCCAUCAAAAAUUGAGAUAGCAAUGCAAUAGCCCUGCAUACAAAGAUGUCUUCUUAUGCCAUUACAAACCCUGAAUCCCGAGUAAAGUCCUGCAGGAAAGACUGCAGAUUCCUGUUCCUGCAUCACCUUGAACAGAUCAACAACUGGCAAUUCUUUGUGACCAAAGUUUCACAAUUACCAGGUUGUUCCAAAUGCCCAGGGAGAGCAGCAAACUUCUCUGUAUUCAGGACCUGGAAGAGGCAGGACAGCAGGAGUGAGGAGGCACAGUCGUGUUUUUCUAAGUUGCCAUCAUUUGGCUUUCCUGACCAAAAUGGCUUUGCACUUUGGUGCACUUUUUGCACAUAGGGACAAAUGGAACGGUACUGUAAAUAAUGAAAUAUUGCAAUAAAACGUUUGUACUUCAAAGCACCUCAUUUGUUGUAUGUCUGGAGCAUACUGGUGCUGGGAACCAUUAGAGCAUUGAGUAUUUUUUGGUUUCUGCAGUGAGUAUUUCUCAACAGCUGAUGCAUUUCUCCUCUUGGUGGGAAAGUGUGGCACCCGUGGGUGCAGCCUCAUGGGUGACUGAUGCGUGUUGACCACACUGACCACAUCACCUGCCAGGCACCAAAGGGAGAAGUGUUCAGCAGGGAAAUCAGGUUACAGCAAAAGCUCUGGGAUUCUCUGCUGUGUGGGAAGAGCUGGAAGUCACAUGGUACUAGCUCUGAGCAGGAUCCUAAAACAGGCAUCUCAUUUGUAUUUCAAUGCAUACCCCCGCCCCAACACUGUUGUUCAGGGCUCUGGAGGUGUAUCCCUAAGGACUGGCAAGAAAACUGCAAAGCAGGUUUACAAGGAGCAGCCCUGUUCCCAGAACAGUGGCCUCCCACAUUGUUAAUCUUGGAUGGCACCACAGCUAAAUGCAUUUUGUAUAGAACUGAUUUUAGAAUCUCUAUUGCUGGAAAUGUGCUAAUGAUGACAAAGUAUAACGAAUAAAAAUACAGGAUUACUGUGAUGACAAACUGCAGUGACCUACCUGCACAUAAAACUGUUGUGAUUUAACACCUGUCCUGGCAAGGGGACAGUGAUGACAAAAGAAUAUCCCCCUCCCCACUCCAUGCUGAGAGACAGAGCAACCACACAGUGGUAGGAGGCCCUACCCCCCACACCUUAUUUAUUUAUGUUCAAAGGAGAUUGUAGUCUGUUUGGUUAUACUUUCCCAGCUUCAAAUACUAUUUAAUACUCCUCUUUCCCAAUGGAAUCUCAUUCCUAAUAGGGCCUUUCUGGCAGCAAAACUCUUUGGAUUUGGCAUCCUGCUAAAAUAUUCAGCUAAGAACAGAAAAUUUUAGAAGGCAAAGCACAUGAUACUUGCAUUUUUUUAAAAUAUAAACCAAAUACAUGCAUGCACUUCUGUCAGAAAGACUGCAGUCUUCCCUCCUGUUUGAACACCAGCUGGGAAAAUUAUUUCUAGUAGAAAUGCCUGCCUUCAGAGGGGGAUGUAGCCCUGUGGAAACCGGGCCUGCCCUGGCAGAGACCUCCAUGCACAGGAGAAGCAGCAGGAGGCAACAAUGAUCCCAGCCAGGAGGGAUACCCUGCCUGUCUCCAGGAUCUUGCAGAUAUGGUGGGAUUUGGAGGCAGUUACUGCAGUGUCAGUGUUGGUAAGCCUCAUAGGCUUACCACAUCAAAUGACACCGAGACUUAUUUCACAAACAAGUUGUCAAACAGGCGAUAAAAAUUCAGCCAAUUAGCUCAUUCAAGCUUAAUUAGAACAAAUGACUGAGAAAUUCUUAACUCUGAAUUGUUCCCACAAUCAAAUGGGGCUUUCUGUCCUUAUUUAGGCUGAAACUGUUCUUGGAACUAUUUUCAGCAUCGCUGCAGUGCAGUUUUGCAAACCCAAAUACUCUGUUCCAGAUACUUCGCUUAAUUUUUUUUGCUGGCUGCUUUUACCACAUCUGUAUUUGUUUUCUAAAGCUUUGCACAUUUUCUCUAUUGGAACUGGUAGCCAAUAAUGCACAGCCAGCCAGGAGAUGAAACUUGUUUUUGUAAUUCCUCCUUGGCUCAGUCUGCAGGGCUGGUGUGGCUGCCAUUUUGUGACAUUUUAACACAAGUAUAAGCAGGCAACUGUGCAGCUCUGGCUGUUCCUGGAAGUGACAGCAGGGCCAAUGAGAAACAUUUGCUUGACAGGCAAGACUUAACACAGGCCAAGAAUUGCUCAGACAUUGUCUUCCCCUGCAUGCAUUUUCCAAGAAAGAAAAAGAAAAAAAAUAGGACAGUGCAAAUCAACAUGCCAAACUGGGAGAAACUGCAAAUCCAUGCACAGCUCUGUAAAGCCCAUGGCCACAGGAACAGCCAGCACAGCCCUGCUCAAGUCACACAGGGCACUGCUAUCUCCAGCCCCUUGGCAUCAGAGUAAAAGUCACCCCUCUGCAUGUCUGUGGUGCUGAUUCACACCCACUGGCUUUGAGCAGAAGGUCAGUUACUGUCCUUAAUUAAUGUUUUCAUCACUGACAGAAGGUCAAAGCUGGCAAACAAAAUGAACAAGUAAAACAGUCAUCUUGUUCAUGUCCUAGAAUAGCCCCAAGUGAAAACAAUGAGCAUCUUUCCUAACCCAUUGCAGGCCCCUGACCUGGCUCAAGGUUGAAAUACAAUGGAUUUCUUAAAAUUUUCUGGUUUUUCAUAGAAUCGUAGAAUGGCUUGGGUUGAAAGGGACAUUAAAGAUUGUUUAGUUCCAGUCCUUCUGCUAUGGGCAGGGACAACUCCAGGGACAAGGAGUAAAUAAGGUUUGACAGGUAAAAUGGGGAGAGGGAACAUAGACCUUCCUUCCUGCCAUUAGGGCAGCUUAUCCCUGAAAUGCACUAAGGCUUUUAAUAGAGUGAACAUAAAAAGCCAGUCCCUUGAAGAUGCAGAAAGACCCAGCCAUGAUCCUGGUGGUCCUGCAGGGCCAGAAGGCAGAAUGACUCCAGGCAGGAGCCCUUUCUACAGAAACUCCUUUUGGAAAUGUAGGCAUUUUGCUAGUAUUUAUUUCCUGUUCAUUUUCUUGAGCCUCAAACCCACGAACAGGUGGCUACUGCUAAAUCUGUGCAGACAUGCUCCCACAUCAUGAAAUGUUGUGGAAAAGGGAGAUAAUUCUUUCUUGUAAUCACAAUUAUUUUGGGAUACCAUCCUUCUCUCCAUACUCGCACAGGUCUUCAGAGAUAGGGAAGGCAUGUGACAGCAUCAGGGCUAAGGCAGACACACCACUGGAUGUGAGGAUGGCAGGAUGCCACUGUCACACACCAGGAAAUCUUUGUGUAGACAAGGGUGUCAACACACUGGACUAGCAUGUUGAUAAAUCAAGAUUCCAGAAUCUCUCACUGAUAUCAAGCAUCCGUGUUUUAUUGACUGUCUUACGACCAGUAUCAAUAAUUUGCUUUCAUAUUUCAAUACAGUGACUUGAGUGGUAAGAUGGAGGAAUAUGACUGUAAAAAGGAACCUGCUCAGCUGUGUUUGAGGCACAAUGAAACUACUUGUGCAAAUAAAACUUCUUGUUUAA